AUGCCUUCACUCGUCAACCUCGUCUCCAACAUGUGUUCCAAUUGUCUCAUCCAUAAGCGCUCCUUUUGCACUCGCUUGGCCACAUCAUCAAGCUUUCUAAACGUCACGAGGCGAUCGAUUGAGAAUUCUUCUCGUCAAGUCACUUCGAUCGAAUUUGUGCCACUCCGUUUGUCUCUCCGCGGCCGACGUUUCCGAAUCGCUCUCUAUCCCUUCUUCCAAGACCAUCGCUUCUUCACAAGCUUCGUUGCUUCUUCAAGAAUCAUCGCUGCUUCAAAGAUCAUCGCUCAUCUAAUGAUCAGCAUGGCCAAACGCAACUCUCGUGUCUAUGCUGAAGAGGCCAUCUUCUUUCAAGAUUCAAACUACGUGUCCUCCGCCUCCUCAAAAAUCAGCACGGCCAAACGCAACUCUCGUGUCUACGCUGAAGAGGCCGUCUUCUUCGACGACUCCAGCUACACAUCCUCUGCUAGCUCUUCAUCCUCUUCCGGAUCGUCAUUUCAGUCCAGACGAAGCUCGCGAAGUUCUUUCAGGGAAGACAUGUUUCAGUACGCCACUGAAAUAGAAGAAGGACUACGCAACGCGCCCGCCAACGACGCAGUCGCUGCUCUGCGCUGUCAGAGUAGCAUCACCGGUGUCAGAGAUUCCGCUACUCUCGAAAAGUCAGGUAUGCAGUCAGCGAUACCGCUACCCAUCUCGCUCACUCCUGACACUGUACCGGCAGCCAAAGUAUCGCCGCUGCUUCCCACCAUUCAUCAGGCAGUCGACUUUCCCGUCGUGCCCCUAGCCGGGCGGCCGCUCAACUUUGGCGUCGUCGUCCCUGGUCUCUACCGUAGCAGCUAUCCAAAGCAGCACGACUUUGACUUUCUCCAGAGCCUCAAGAUCAAGACUAUUGUCACUCUAGUCAGGAAGGAAGAGCUCCAAACUGACCUCGCUGCCUUUGUCCACACCAAUGGCAUCCGCCAGGUCACUUUUGACAUGAAAGGCACCAAGAAGGAGGCCAUACCGCUUGAUACGAUGGCCGCCAUUCUCCAGCUCACUCUUGACAAGCGAAACUAUCCUCUCCUCAUCCACUGCAACCAUGGCAAGCAUCGCACCGGCUGUGUUGUUGCCGCCGCCCGCAGAAUCGCAGGAUGGGAAGUUGACCCUGCGCUGGACGAGUAUAGGGCAUUCGCCGCCCCCAAGGUUCGGGAGUGCGAUAUUGACUACAUCAACGCCUUUCAGUCCUCGUUGAUACCAAGAUUCGAGGACGAAACUUGUCUGCACAGUCCCGUUCAAGUCCGAACAUUUGUGCGCACGCUACUGUUUUCAACAGUCGUCGUUGUAAUAUGGAUCGUGUCGGGAACGCAAAUAGCCUCGGCCCCUGCUACCGCUGAAAGCUACUAA